CUUGCCUCCCAGGCCUGUGUUGCGUGCCGCGAAAAGAAACGAAAAUGCUCAAGAGAGCUGCCUUCAUGCUCGCUUUGCCGCAGGAACAGGAGACGUUGUUGCUAUCCUCCUAAGGCUGUAACUCCGACUAUGGACACCGUUAAUUCUUACACCCUGCAACAAGUGAGUGCCUCACAAGCUUAUGCUGGUUAUGCGGGAUUGCUAACGGCGCAACAGGAAGAAUUCCCUGCACUGUUUUUCUUAGAUUUUUAUACUUUCAAAGAUCGCAAUCAUGUCAUACCAACGCCAAAAACUCCCCUCUCUGACCAUUAUUAUAAACAGCUAGGGAGCAGUGAGCAGCUGCGUUACGAUAUCGACUCAUAUUUCGCUUCGGUCCAUGUGUCCUUUCCAAUAGUAUCGAAGCUUCGAAUAUACCGGCUGCUCGAUAACUCCCCAGACAUGCUCGAUCCAGAUGUGGUUAUUUUAUCUCUAGCAAUGAAGAUGCAUUGUCAACCUAGGAAAGACUACGAGCUAGCCAGAACAGAACUCUAUGCUCUAGUAAAACAGGGCUGCUCAGACGCGGAACAGAACAACAUACUCUCCGUGAAACUUCUACAGGCGUCCUUGCUGGUUGCAUUGUAUGAGAUUGGAAACGCCAUAUACCCUGCUGCCUACCUCACGAUCGGGCACUGUGCAAGGCUUGGCUAUGCCAUGGGAAUCCAUAAUAGGCAAAAUGCGCCUCAAAUGUUCCCUCGACCGGCAUCCUGGGCAGAAUCCGAGGAGAGACGUCGAGUGUGGUGGGCGGUUAUUGUGUUAGACAGAUUUGUCAACAUUGGUGGUGGUAACCGCCCAUUUGCGGCUCAUGACGCGAAAUCUGAUGAUCUACUCCCUAUGAAUGAGGAUAUCUGGGAAAAGGGAGAAUUUGUAGUUACCCAACCUUUGGCCGUCUCUGAAUACGCUACCACUCGAGCCUCGUCGUUUGCGCGUACCUGUCAGGCCUCUCAUCUUCUAUCUCAUGUUCUCCGCCACCUAAACGAAAGCAACGAAGAUGUCAAGUUACACUAUCACGAAGCUCUACAGCUUCACCAUAUCAUAGAUACUUUCAGACUUGCCAUCAAUCAGGAGAUUGGUAACACGAGCGACGAAGUCUACAACAGUAGCCGUGGUAUCUCUCACCUUACUGCUAUGGCCAUAUGCUAUAGUGCUCAG